AUGGCUCGUAAAAAUGCGUCUCAUGAAGACCUCGAUAUGGAUCAAAUGGCGGAGGCGGAGCUCACUCGGCUGCAGAGGCAAUAUCGCAUUAUGGAAGGCGACCGCGAAGCCUACUCCCAGGAAACGAGAUUGCUGCUGCAGAAGCAGAGGAAUAUGAUAGCAGCACUGGAGAAGGAAAAACAGGAGUUGCUUCAGAAUCUACGACUUUCAAAAUCAACGCUGAAUGAAAUGAGGGACAACAAACUAAAAGCUAAUAUAGCACAGCUGAUUGCAGAGGGCGACAGAUACGAAGCAGAAAUGAAAACAGAAAAGGAACAGCUGUCAGAAAUGCAGUUACAAAUAAACAAAAUUGAGAAAGAAGUCGCCUCACUACGUGUAAAGGAGGCAACGGACAACAAAAACAGCCAUCAGAACAUUCUGCCACAGCAGAUGAGCGCCCUCGAGAACAGGCUGGAUGUGGUAACGGUGAAAUUCAAUAAGAUUCUAGCAGAAAACUCUAAACUACGGGAGGAGAUAAACCAUCUUCUAAAAGAGAGGAAUCACUUCAACAGCCUCUACCAGCAGUUAGUAAGCGAGCUCAACUCUGGAAAGAAGAUAAUGCUCGAUCUCAUAGAGCAAGCGUCUCUUGCAUAUGACCAAAGAGAGGAGGCCCAGAACAAACUGCAGGCUCUGAAGGAGCGUGGGCGGCUGGACGUGCUGCUUCACGGCCAGGAGAUGCGCGAGCUGCACCGCCGCCUCGACUACGAUACCAAACUGCAGGACUUCCUCGCAGUCAAGGCGCAGCGCCGCGUCAUGGCCGACCUCGAGGCUAGGGAGGCGCAAAAGAAACAAAUGCAACGAGAGGCGACAGAGAAGAUGAUCGAGUCAUACCACAGUAUCCUACAGAAGAUCAAGGAGUUUUCCGGUGAGGACGACGUGGACAGGCUAGCUGCACAGUUUCUCAAACAGGAGGAGGAAAACUUCGCUUUGUUUAAUUACGUCAAUGAGCUGAAUAACGAGUUAGAGGCGCUGCAGGACCAAGUGGAUGUUCUGAAGACGCGCAUAGAUGAGCAGAGGGCGCUGAACCGGCAGCGGGCACAACAGCAGCAAGACUGCCUGGCAGAUCUGCGGUCGCAGCUGGAGGAGAGGACGAAGGAGGCGCAGGACACGGAGGACGUCCUGAAGGAUCGCAAUGAUGUCCUCAGCAAGGUGCUCGAGGGCAUAGAGCGCAUAUUCUCCCUGGCACACUGUGCGCAGUCACCCGUCUUGCAGCUACUGGGUGAGUUCAUCUACAUCUACAUCUACAACCUCUCGAUAUACCACAGCAUCAUCCGCAAAAAGCCUCAGUGAACUUCCGAUGUCAUCCACAAGGUC